AUGAUGCCACGGCCCGCGCAUCAGCUGUCCGUCACCUGGCAGGGCCUCUUCUUGCUGCUCACGGUUGUGGUCCUGCCGUCGGCAACGCUUUGUCCCGAGUCGCCCCCGCGCUUUGACGGGCAAACCUGCCCGCCAGGCACCACAACCUGCACGGUGCGCUGCCACGAUCAGGCCAGCGUCUCCCUCACCUGCAUCAACAACACCUGGCACGGCUCCUGCCUCAAUUAUCAGCCCGCCUGUGAAGCCAACAUCGAGCUGCUUGGCUUUACUUAUGAUUAUUUUUGCGAGUUUGUCCAUCAAGUCCCACUCGGCCUCCCCCACGACCUCGGAUCCUUGGCCCUCGGGUUUUACGCCAACACGACCGACAGCCUCCGUUUGUAUGACCAUCUCCAGGGCCUUGCUCAUCUCCAGGCCUUGCUCAUCCGCGGUGUCGCACACACCUCUGAACUCGCGCUUCCCACACUCCCCGCGCUUCAGUUUCUGGACAUUGACGAUUGUCAACUCUACAAUGCCCCCUUGCCCCCAGCCCCGGCUCUGCGCUAUUGGAGCGUGCGGGGCACUCCAACACAAAUUCCCUUAAACCUUUCUCAUUUGGCUCUUUAUCCCAAUCUGCAAACCCUGCGCUACUGGGAUAACUUUCCCCCGGCACUCAUCUGGCAAGAGCCCAAGCCCCUUUUCCCCAGCCUCACCGAUCUGUUCUUUUACAUCCCCGACCUCGAAGCCCUCCGCUCCCUCAACGAAUCGUGGCCCUCUCUCCAAACGUAUCGCGCCGUCGUUAGACUUGCUCCCACGGUCAUUGACAAGUCCCUUCUUCCGCAGUCCGGUAGCCUCCGACGCCUCGACAUGGCUCUUCUUGGUCCCCUGGCUGGCGAUGCCGUCGACUUUGAUACGUGGUGGCGCAUCCUCAACACCUCAUAUCUCAGACAGCAUCCCGAUCCUGAAAAUAAGCCCCUCACCCUGGCUUCCAUCAACGUCAACUGUGCUGGCAAUGUUCACCCACGCUCUGGCUACGAUGUCACUUGCAGCUGCUACGCACCAGCCUACAUCAAUGCCUCCUUCUGCCCCCCUCCCGUCACCCCACCCAUGACCUGUCUCUCCUCCUCCGAUCCCAUCUCCCCCACCCAGCUUUGUGAUGGCACCCCCGAUUGUCCCUCCGCGGAAGACGAGGCUGGCUGCUCCUUCACCCUGGAGUUUGCCUUCUCCAGUGCUGGCGGACCCAGUGGGCCCAACUUUGACUGCGUCUCCGCCUUCAAUUUUACGAUUGCCAGCGGCGUCAUCACGGGUCGGACCCCAGGCUGCUACUGGUGGCGUGGCGUCAUCCGCAACUGGAAUGCCGUUGAAGUUCACGACGGCCUCGCUGUUGCAAGGUUCAUCCUGCUGCGAAACACAUCCUAUCCCUACGUGUAUAUGCACGGCCUGCUGCGAACCGUUGAAAACCUGGCCAACGACCUCUCUCUGACCAGUGUCUAUCGGCUUGCGGCCGGCAACAUGCUGGGUAUUGAUGGAAGCCCGGCCGCAAAUGAGACGGCCACGCCAACGGAUCUAGAUAGUGUCACGUUUGACGCCCUAUACGCAAGCCUGGUCAGCGAUCAAGCUGCCUCAACGGCCAUGUCUACCCAUACCCCAGUGUCCUCUACCACCAAUUUGCCGACCAGCACUGCUUCAUCAUCGGGCGCCUCGACCGUCUUGCUGGCCGCCAUGUCUACCUCAGUGCUCUUGCUGUUGCUGAUGGGCGUGUCUUGGCAGAUCUGGGCAGCUCGUCGUCGACGGCAGGGCCAGCAUCGCGAGAUGGAGGAGCAGUGGCUUCUCCUCAUGCAAGCUGCUCGUCGGGAUUUCCACGAAGCCUAUCCACAGCUCAACCCGACUCCGCUGGAGCUCAUCGAUGAGGAGGAUCUUGCCAUCCAGCGUGUCGUCGGCCGUGGCCACUUUAGCGUUGUGCAUCAAGUCAUGCUGGACAUGGGCUCGGGCCCCCAGCCGGCGGCCCUUAAGCAGUGUGCCGAGGGCAGCGUCACGAUCUUGUCCUGGCUCCGUGAGAUCAUGCUGCUGCAGAACUUCAAGGGCAAUCAACACAUCAUCAGCCUCUACGGUGUUUCCCUCUCCCCUGAUGAAUCGCGAGGACAGUCGCAUUUGGGGGCAGUGUUGGAGUGGGCACCUCAUGGCAACUUGCGCGAUCGUGUCCGAAGUCAACCAUUGAGCCCCACGAACAUCCAAAUUGCCCUUCUUCAGAUGGCCGAGGCUCUGACACAUUUGGCACAGUGUGGCGUGAUUCAUCGCGAUGUGGCAGCCCGCAACGUGCUGGUCACCUCACUCAUGCCGCUGGUCUGCAAACUGGCUGAUUUCGGACGUGAGUUGUCGCAAGCAAUGCUUGGUCAAACGUCAAGCUGUGUGUGUGUGUGUGUGUGUGUGUGUGUGCGCACGUGUGUGCGCGCGUUAUCACGGGUCUUGCCGAGCUCUGAUUAUUACAAGAGCGUCUCAGAUGAGGAUAUGCCGUUUCGGUGGAUGGCGCUCGAGUGCUUGGUAGAGCGGCGCUAUUCGGAGCAGUCUGAUGUAUGGUCAUAUGGCGUUUUGGCUUGGGAGCUGGCCACGCAAGGAGCCGUGCCAUGGGCGGGCUGUGAUGUCGCGACGAUCAUCGUUCGUCUAAAGGCGGGCGACACCCUUCCGCUGCCCCCGCAAGCGCCACGACUCGUCCAACAGUUCGUGUCACGCAUGCCCCUUCGACUCUGA